AUGGGUAUCUCUGGCUUGCUACCUCUACUGAAAGAUAUACAAGUUAAUAGGCACUUAUCGGAAUUUGCGGGGGAGACGAUCGCCGUCGACGCCUACGUGUGGCUUCAUAGAGGCACCUAUGGGUGCGCGCCGGAGCUUGUUACUGGAAAAAGGACAACCAAAUACGUUGAUUAUGCUAUGCAUCGGGUGCGUCUGUUGCGACACCACGGUAUCCAGCCGUACAUAGUCUUCGACGGCGGGCCACUCCCUGCCAAGAAGGGAACCGAAUCUUCCCGGAAGCAGAAGCGGGACGAGAACCUCUCGCGAGCUAACGCGCUCGCUGCCCAAGGCAAGCAUAACCAAGCACGAGAGUACUACGUCAAAUGUAUCGACGUCACUCCCCAGAUGGCAUAUCAACUGAUCAAGGUGCUGCGUGCAGAGAGCGUACCGUAUGUUGUGGCCCCUUACGAAGCUGACGCGCAAAUGGCGUAUAUGGAGCGGAUCGGCCUCGUCGACGGCAUACUUACGGAGGACUCGGAUCUGCUCGUGUUCGGCUGCAGGCGCGUUCUGUUCAAACUCGACACGACUGCGAGCCGCGUCACGUGUAUCGCACGCACGGACUUCGCGUCGCUGACGGACACGUCUGCGGGGGGCAUCUCGCUCCUGGGCUGGUCUGACGUGCAGUUCCGUGCCAUGGCGAUCCUGAGCGGGUGCGACUACCUACCCAGCAUCCCUGGCAUCGGCCUGAAGACGGCGUGGGCGCUGUUGCGCAGGUACAAGACGGCGGAGAACGUGGUGCGCGCGUUGAGCCUGGAGGGAAAGAAAAAGGUGCCGAAGGGCUACAUGGAGGCAUUCCGGCUCACGGAGAAGGUGUUCCUGCACCAGCGGGUGUAUGACCCCACGCAGGAGCAGCUCGUCCACCUGAACGACCUCCCGCAUGACGAAGAAUGGGAUGACGAAAAGGAGGCUUUUGUUGGAGCGAAUAUCGAGCCGUCUUUGGCAAAGCAGGUGGCCGAGGGCGACGCGUGUCCUAUAAGCCUCCUUCCUAUGGAAGAUAUCAACCCAUCCUACGUUCCUCGGGCCCUCAAGGCCAUCCCCAUGAACGUUAAAAACAUCGGUCAAUCGGAUAAGGAUAGAGCUAAGGAGAGACGUAAAGAGUCGGAGAAACCUCCACUUGGUGGGCUGUUGCAUUUCUUCACACCGAAGUCAAAAGCGGCCACUACACCUAAGAGUUGUUCACGGAUGAACGGUGCGCAAGCGGAGAAAAGUUCAGCGAAAGUGGUGAUCACAGCGGGGCGAUCUAGCGGUAAGCGGACACUAGCAGAGGUGAUGGAGCAGGAUAUGGCGGUGAAAAGAAAGAAGCAGGAAGAAUAUUCAAACCCUGCCUCGAGACCUAUUUCCUCAAAAUUCUUCUGUCGGGCGACCCCUUCACCGCAGUCCAAGAACAAAAAUGCCAGUCACAAGAAAUUAUUCCCUGAGGCUGGCCCGUCUCGUUUGGUGUAUGAUGUCGAGGACAAGGAGAACGAGCCGGUACUUGACGAUGACGAUAUUUUAAUGGAUGACCCAGAUCCUGUGCAGCAGGAAGACGGAUACAUCUCUCCGUCGCCGUCAUUGACGCGGUUGGAUACCCCGGAACUCUCCUCUCCUCUACGGCCUACAGGUGCAUCGCGGCCGUAUGGAGACAACGAGGACGACGACUUUGGUGCAGACAUACUCUCCAGCCCGCCCGUUGUCAGAUCCAGAGCACGAAGAUUCUCAUGUGAUACUGGAGAUGGAAGGGGGCGUACGGAUGCUGUCGGAGCAGGGUUAGUCCGCAAUACACCAUCGCUGCGUGACGGCCAGGAGGCACUAGGGCGGCCGGUGGACUCCGGGCCCGAUCUCCGAGACACCUUUGGAGAAUGGGAUUGGGACGACGUGACAAGUGAGAUCGAGUGCUCUGAUGCAUCACUGCGUUCGGUACGCAGCGGUGCUUCGUCGCCAGGGCCUGUGACCCCAGAUGACUCGGCAGAACUCGUCCGCGAAAAGGCGGCCCUCUGCGGGGAGGAUAUGGUGGACGUGGAUGACCUGGAAGACGUAAUAGACUCGCAAGAAAUUGCGGCGCGGAACGAGACGGUCGCCCUUGGAUGGUGGGAGAAGUGGGCGCGCAGCGGGAAGCGGGCACCUGGCGGCGAACGGAAAUUUGCGCCGCUGAGGCGCAGCGAGACCACGAUGACACCAGAUGGACGACAAAGGCCGUUGCAAGUACGACCACAUUCCGCUCAUCCUGGCUCGAAGCGGAAAGGAGUGCAGCAGCAGGAUCUACGUUCAGCAGGCAGGAGAAGCCUAGUGUUCAUGGAAGAGGCAAAGACGACUCCCAAGACGAGUCUUCUUCAUGACGCCAGCUAUGCACGGCCCGGGUCCGCAGGCUCAAAAAAGGCGGAAGACAUUACAGCGACUGCCAGGAAUAGGCUGGCGGAGUUCAAGUGGAUGGCAGCUGGAUGA